CUGCUGCCUCUUGGUGGAGACCUCAUGGAUCACAUAAACAAUGUGACCGAAUUCAUUUUUCUGGGCCUUUCUCCCCACCCGGGGGUGCAGAGAGUUUGUGUUGUGAUAUUUCUGCUCUUGUACAUGGCAAUUGUGCUGGGGAAUCUUCUCAUCGUGCUCACGGUCAUGACCAGCAGAAGUCUUGGUUCCCCCAUGUACUUCUUCCUCAGCUACUUGUCCUUUGUGGAAAUCUGCUACUCCUCCACGACGGCCCCCAAACUCAUCUCGGAUCUGCUGGCUGAAAGAAAAACCAUAUCUCUGUGGGGCUGCAUGACGCAGCUCUUUUUCAUCCAUUUCUUCGGUGGCACUGAGAUUUUCCUGCUCACCGUAAUGGCCUAUGACCGCUAUGUGGCCAUCUGCAAGCCCCUCAACUAUACCACCAUCAUGAACAGGCAGGUGUGUGCUGUUCUCGUGGGACUAGCGUGGGUGGGAGGCUUCGUGCACUCCUUUGCCCAAGUCCUUGUCAUCCUCCACUUGCCAUUCUGUGGCCCCAAUGUGAUUGACCACUACUUCUGUGACCUGCUUCCGCUUCUCAAACUUGUCUGUUCUGACACCUUCCUCUUUGGCCUGCUGAUUGUUGCCAAUGGUGGGACUCUGUCUGUGAUCAGCUGUGUGGUCCUCUUAGGAUCCUAUGUGGUCAUCUUGUUCCAUCUCAGGAUCCGGAGCUCGGAGGGGCGGCGUAAAGCCCUCUCCACCUGUGGGUCCCAUGUCACUGUGGUUAUUUUGUUCUUUGGGCCCUGCAUCUUCAUCUACCUGAGGCCUUCUGCCACUCUGGCUGUGGACAAGAUGGUGGCCGUGUUCUACACAGUGGUAACCCUGCUCCUCAACCCUUUCAUCUACUCCCUGAGGAAUGCUGAAGUGAAGAAGGCCAUGAAGAGGCUGUGGAUCAGGACAAUGAAACUAGAUGAGAAAUAGAGGUCAAGUCUUGGCUUUGAUUCUUGGGUUUGGAAUGAUGCUGAGUCCAAACUGAAGG